AUGACCGACGGGCAGCGCCACCCGAGCCCGAGGCGGCUGUACGAGCACUGGGGCUGCCUCGCGAGCCCGAUCCGCGACGACGCCAUGGACGGUCUUAGCCACGCGUUCAACGCCACCGAGACGCGUGACGCGUUGCGACCGCUCUCGUUCUGGGACAACAAGGUGCCGGGCCCCGGCAGGUACCCCGUCGAGCGCAUCCAGACGAGCUUCAAACCCGCGCGGGCUGUGACGCCGUACAAGACGAACCAGUCACGGAUCCAAAAGCCAGAUACCCCGGGGCCCGGUCAAUACACCGCCAACCUCGGUGCCGUGUACACGACGCCGCCGUUCGACGACCUCUUGCGAAAAGCGCCGCUCAAGGACUUGACGCCCCAGCGCAUACGCAUCAAGCUCAUUGAGCGCGAGAUCUACGAGAUCCAGUACCAUAAGCACCAAGUGCUGCAGUCGCUUCCGAUCGAGAAGCAAAAGGCGCUCGUGGCCGAGACCAAAGCCAAGAUCCUCGCGCUCGUGGAAGAAAAGACCAAGCUCCUCGAUGUCGUUCGGCCCGCCACUACGAGCACCCCAAAUUUGCAUCGGUCCAAGACCCUGGGCUUCCUCCAAGGCGAGCACCGCUUUUUUGACGCGCUCGACUGCUCCAAUACCAAGUACGACACCCCGUCGCCGGGCUUCAACCAAGACCUCGCAGCCCACUCGACGUUUAUCAAGUCCCCAACGCUGCCUACCAUUCCUCGAGGCAAGCGAGACACAAUCGUGCAGGUUCGGCAACAAGUGUACAUAACAUCGCCGCUGCAGCCCCAGACAGUGGCGCCUGGGCAUUAUAUGCCCAAUCUCUGCCAGCCGCGAACGCCCCGAGCGCCGCAAGUGCAGCGCGAGAAGGCGCAGCUGACCCUGCGCCUCAUGAACCAAGCCACCAAGACAAAGCUGCCCGAGCGCAUGUACCUCAACGAGCUCGUCCAAGAGCGGUCUCGGAAGCGCGCCGAGCAAAACAAGCUCCGCGACAUCAACGACGUUCGACGGUUGGACGAGUUUGCGACACCGAGGCUACCUGCGUCAUCGUAGCAGGCUACUUGUAACCCACACAGUCGAAAGACUCUAUUAAUGUGGUUGGUCUUGCUGCUUGCGGGCCAAGUAGCGC